UCGAGUACAAAGCCCAGUAUUAAACCUCGAUUUUUCCCUUUAGUCCUUUACUAUCAAAAUUAGGGUUUCGAACUCACCACUCUUUCAUCAAAUUCUCAAUAGCUCCACAAACCCUAGCUGCUACCGAAAGCUCUCGACUGCUCGCAGGCAUUUUGCGGAAGAAAUGGCCAAGUCGAAGAAUCACACUGCACACAAUCAGUCUUACAAAGCCCACAAAAAUGGCAUCAAGAAGCCUCGCAAACAUCGUCACCACUCCACCAAGGGGAUGGACCCGAAAUUCUUAAGGAACCAGAGAUACGCUAGGAAACAUAACAAGAAGAGCGAUGAAGAGGCUUCUGCGGAAGAGUAGAUCCUUGAACUUCGAUUUAAAUGCUUCUUAUUUUUGUUACUGUCUAAUGGAGGAAUCAGAGUUUGUAUUUGGAUCAUAUUUGUUAUGGUUAUGAAUGACUUAAGUCGAGUUCUAUUCA